AUGUUUGCCCGCCAACCCGUUUUACCCUUUGAUGCACCAAAAGCAGUAAUCGUAUUAACAAAGCCAAAUGAUUAUUGGACACAAAUCAAUCGGUUAAUGAAUGGCUACAAAAAGAGUGUAAAGUACAACAUCAAUUACCAACAACAGCUGGCGAAACGACGUUAUGACAAGGGACGUGCCAAUCCAAUUUAUCAUCCAGGUGAUUUAGUAUUUAUCAAACAGCAUGGUAAACGUCCAAAAUUCGGUGAAUUAUAUUCUGGAUCAUACAAAGUGAUACAACAACAACAUCCACUCGCAUAUUUAGUGGAAGAUGAAGAAUCAUCAAUUCAAGAACAGGUUCAUGUCAGCAGAAUACAACCUGUUUAUCAACAAAUGAUCUAA